GUACAUGUUUUGGCCAGAUUGGGGAGAGAAACCCAGAAUUGUCCGUGCCUCAAUGGAUGGCACAGGUCGAAGAAAUGUCAUUACCACUGAUGUCAAAUGGCCAAAUGAUUUAGCAGUUGAUUUCAGGGAGCCUAGGUUAUUUUGGCUUGAUGCUCAUAAGGACUAUAGUCGUCUUGAAAGCUCAAAUCUUGAUGGCAAAAAUCGAAAGAAAUUAAUCAGCAGUUCUUUGCCACACCCUUUUUCAAUUACUAUAUAUGGUGAUCGAGUCUUUUGGACGGACUGGGAGAGAUUGUCUAUUGAAUCAUGCAACAAGAAGACUGGGUAUGAAAAAUGGCUUGUGAAGGAUAAAAUAAAAGAUGUAAUGGAUCUUCAAGCUUUUGAAGCUGAAAGGCAACCAGAUG